AUGCCUCCACCUAUCCCCAGCGGGUCUGAGGCCAUGUCCACGGUCGAUCGCUCAAUGCCUGCUCGGGCUGCAGAUCAGCUGUGGGGGUACUGGAUUCCAGAGCCCGCUCUGUUGUUGGGCGCGAAGGACGAGGCGCGCCAGAUACGAUAUCUCACCAACUGGGUCCGCGCGCGCCUCAUCUGGUUGUACCUACUGCGGGUUCCCGGAUCGCGCGCAUGUCAGGUGGGCCCGCAACUUUGGCGGACCUUCCUCAACGGCGUCCCCGAGGACCCCACCUCGACGACUCGUAACGGCAAGCGGGUAUUCGCUAUCAAGAACAUCUUUGGGGAAGUCGUCGCAGACGACCAAUUCGAUCCCGAUACCGACGCUCCGGUGGACUGGCAUGGGACACAAUUUCAGCGCGUGCCCGAGACCCUGGCCCCUGGCAUUAUUUGGGAGGUCUUCGAGCUUGGCUUCCGCUACGAGCUCUUGGCUCUGGAUCGAUAUCUGCGACCAUCAAAGUCACAAUCACGUCCGGAUGAGACCUUGCGAGAGGACCUGCUGGCGAACGUAUUUCCGGGGAGCUGGUUGCGGGCGGUCGACACCCUACCUUCGGCGCACUCCCCCGGACUAUUUGCGGCCCUUCCGCAGCGCCGAGUGUCUGCCCUGAAUGCGUUCCGGAUGGUCCUCAUGCGAUGGCCAGGCUGCCCCUCAAGCAUCACCUCGGCGUCUCCCCUCCAGUUCAGCGAUAGCACGGAGACAGUACUGGACUUGGAGCGCCAUCUCGCGAUGUUCUAUGUCGAUACAUUUUUCUUGUAUUCUGGCCGUGCUCCUAUCGUGCCUCACCUGUAUCCGCUUUAG